AAAUCUUUGCAAACAAAUACUCGAUGGGGAGUAGAAUCGUUCGCCGUUCUUUUCUGCACUCUUGUCGAUUCUAGGGCUCGCUUCUCUACCGUGUCCACGGAUUCGGUCAUCGAUUCCCUCGUGCGCAAGUUGGUGUCGAUCUGCGCCGGCGAGCCGCGGGCCGGCGAGGGCGAUCAUGAGAGCGGUCUCGAGGUGCCUGGGGGCCUGCAGGCUGUUGCAAUGCGGUGGGGCGUUGGGCGGCGGCGGCGGUCGAGUCGAGCGCUGUCUGAUCCCCGCUUGUGUCGUGGAUUCGAGAAGAUGUCGUGGCGUUCGGGAGGACCGGAUCGAGAGAGAAUUUAGCGUGUUGAAGAGUCCGAAUCCCCCUCUUCUUGCCGGCAGAUUUCCGUUUGGAAAUGUUGGUGGGGUGGAUUUGGUCGCUAAAGGCAGCUGCUUUAGACGAUGGAGUUGCUUCUUAUCGGAUUCUUCCCCGCCCAUGGGCGGAAGACCUUCGAGAGAUUUGGGACAUUUGCAUAAAGGGCAUGCUUCAUUCUCAACAUCUGCUAAUGAGACUGUCUCUAAACUGCCGGUCAAUGGAGCUGGGAUCAAGAAACAGAAAGACGUGGUAGAAAAAUAUUCACCAGAUGAGCAAAUUGCUGACAUGACAAUUCUUCGCACUCUUGCAAAGUACUUAUGGCUGAAAGAUAACUAUGAGUUCCGUCUCAGAGUCCUGCUAUCAUUGGGUCUUCUUGUUGGUGCAAAGGUGAUAAAUGUUCAAGUACCUUUCUUGUUCAAGCUUGCUGUGGAUUGGCUUUCUGUAGCUGCUGGCUCUGUUAAUUCAUUAGCAUCAUUCACAGAGACUAAUGCCACUCUUCUGGCUCUUUUUGGGAGUCCAGCAGCUGUUCUACUUGGAUAUGGCAUAGCACGUACUGGGGCAUCAGCCUGCAAUGAGUUGCGGAAUGCUGUAUUUUCCAAGGUAGCCUUGAGAACUAUCCGUGUUGUUUCUAGAAAGGUCUUUGCACAUUUGCAUGAUCUUGAUCUUCGUUAUCAUCUGAGCCGGCAAACUGGUGCUUUGAAUCGCAUAAUUGAUAGAGGAAGCCGUGCAAUAAAUUUUAUACUCUCAUCAAUGGUGUUCAAUGUUGCACCGACCAUAUUAGAGAUUGCGAUGGUGUCUGGCAUACUGGCAUACAAAUUUGGAGCUACUUUUGCUUGGAUUACUUCCCUCUCUGUGGCUGCAUACGUUGCUUUUACUCUGAUUGUGACACAGUGGCGAACCAAAUUUAGGCAGGCUAUGAAUAAAGCUGAUAAUGAUGCAAGCACGAGAGCAAUCGACUCAUUGUUGAAUUAUGAGACGGUCAAGUAUUUCAACAAUGAGUCAUUUGAAGUUGCAAAGUACGAUACAUAUUUGCAGAGGUAUGAGGAUGCUGCAUUGAAGACUCAGUCUAGUCUUGCUUUUUUAAACUUUGGCCAAAAUCUCAUAUUUAGCACAGCUUUAUCAACGGCGAUGAUCUUAUCUUCAUAUGGGAUUAUGAGUGGUGCAAUGACUGUUGGUGAUCUGGUUAUGGUUAAUGGGCUUCUCUUUCAGCUUUCUUUACCUCUAAAUUUUCUUGGAAGUGUUUAUCGAGAGACAAGACAGAGUCUUAUUGAUAUGAAGUCAAUGUUUCAUUUGCUUGAGGAGGAGCCUGAUAUUCAAGAUGCAUCCAAUGCCAAACCUUUACAUUUUAAAGGAGGAACCAUUGAAUUCAAUAAUAUUAAUUUUGGAUAUCUGGCAGAACGAAAGAUUCUUGAUGGAAUAUCAUUUACUGUACCGGCAGGAAAAAGCAUGGCAAUUGUUGGAACCAGUGGAAGUGGCAAGUCCACUAUAAUUAGAUUACUCUACAGGUUUUUUGACUCUGAUUCUGGAUCGAUAUGGGUCGAUGGUCAAGACAUACGAGAAGUGACCUUGGAAAGUCUUCGCAAGUGCAUUGGUGUUGUACCACAGGAUACAGUACUAUUUAAUGAUACUAUAUUUCACAAUAUACGUUAUGGUCGGUUAUCAGCAACUGAGGAGGAGGUUUAUGAUGCUGCUCGACAUGCAGCUAUUCAUGAAACAAUCAUGAAAUUUCCAGAGAAGUAUUCAACUAUUGUCGGAGAGCGAGGUUUAAAGUUGAGUGGUGGGGAAAAGCAGAGGGUGUCACUUGCCCGUGCCUUCUUGAAAGCACCUUCAAUUCUGUUGUGUGAUGAAGCUACCAGUGCCCUUGAUAGUACAACUGAAGCUGAAAUAUUGAAUGCAUUGAAGACUCUAGCAAAUAAUCGCACUUCAAUCUUCAUUGCUCACCGACUUACCACUGCUAUGCAGUGUGAUGAGAUUAUUGUUUUGGAAAAUGGAAAGGUAGUAGAACAUGGUCCGCAUGAAGUUUUGCUGUCAAGGGCUGGAAGGUAUGCACAGCUAUGGGCCCAACAGAACAACAAUGAUGUUUUGGAUGUUGCGGCAAAAGUAGAAGCUUGAAGCUCUCGAGCACUGGCUCUGUAUUCUGAACAUAGGAGGGAGGUCUUCAUCGAAAGCUGCCUUUACGGUCAACAAAAACCUACCAAAAUAUACGAUCCCCUAUUCGACCCCGUUGUGACAUUAUGUAAUGCAAGUCUGGUUUGCCUUGCAGCUUUCCAUGGGGUCAUAGUCGUAAACAACAGAACUCUGUUCUUAUCAUCCUCAUGUGAUGUCGUCCGGUAUGCCUUAAGGUGACGAUAAUCUAAUGCCCUUCUUCCUUUUCGAGUGUGGUAUGCAGUAUAGAUACACAAAUGUGUUAUUCCUAAGCUGUUGUACAUUGAGAUAUAUUUCUUAUAAUAAAAUCUCCCCAUCCUCGUUGGAGAUGGCA